AUGACCGCAGUGCAAAUAAAGAAUCUGGAUGAGAUGAAGCUAAAGGAUUUGAAGGCUAAGAAUUACUUGUUUCAGUCAAUUGACAAGUCAAUUCUGAAGACGAUCACGCAGAAGGAGACAUCUAAACAGCUAUGGGAUUCCAUGAAGUUGAAGUGUCGCAGAAAUGCUCGAGUGAAGAGAGCACAUCUCAAUCGUCUACGCCGAGACUUUGAGGUCUUAGCAAUGAAGCAGGGUGAAUCGAUCACUGAUUAUUUUGGUCGAGUAAUGACGGUUGCAAAUGACAUGAGGAAUUAUGGGGAAGAUGUGGAUGAUGUCAAGAUCGUUGAGAAGAUUUUGAGAACCCUCACUGAUAAGUGGAACUACAUUGUUUGUUCCAUUGAGGAAUCCAAGGAUAUAGAUCAGCUAUCAGUGGAUGCCUUGCAAAGUUCUCUGCUCGUUCAUGAGCAAAAGUUCAAAGUAAGUGGAGAAGAUGAACAUGCUUUGAAGGUAACUCAUGAACAAAGCUAUGGUGGAAGAGGACGAGGAAGAACUGCUUUCCGAGGAGGCCGGGGACAAGGCAGAGGCAGGAGUAGCCAACCAAGGAGUAAGGAAACGGUUGAAUGUUAA